ACAAUCUUUUCCCACUCUCUUGUGAAUAAUCAAUAGAUCCCCAAACUUACCUCCUACAACUGUUAACACUCUUUCUGUAGACUGCUCUUGCAGGAGUAGAAGAAGCAGCACCAUGGAUGAAAGGCUUCUUGGGUCAGAACCUAAGGAAAAUGGUAACCUGAGAAGGAGAGUUUGGGAGGAAUCAAAAAAACUAUGGAGGGUUGGGUUUCCUUCUAUGUUAGCUAGGGUGACAUCCUUUGGAAUGUUUGUAGUGACUCAAGCUUUCAUUGGACACUUCGGUCAACAACAGCUUGCUGCUUAUGCCCUCAUACAAGUCAUGACAGUUAGAUUUACAAAUGGAAUUUUGUUGGGGAUGUCCAGCGCAACUGAGACACUAUGUGGGCAAGCAUUUGGAGCAAAGCAGUACCACAUGUUGGGAAUUUACUUGCAAAGAUCAUGGAUUAUCAAUCUUGUCACAGCAACUGUUUUGCUACCACUUUUCGUCUUUGCAUCACCAAUCUUCAAAUUACUUGAAGAAGAUGAUGAUAUAGCCACUGAUUCUGGAUAUAUUUCUCUUUGGUUCAUCCCCAUUCUCUACUCUUUUGUUUUUAGCUUGACCAUUCAAAGCUAUUUACAAUCCCAGCUUAAAAACAUGAUUGUCGGAUGGAUUUCUGCUGGCUCAUUCGUUCUUCAUGUGCUCUUGUCAUGGAUCUUUGUGAGCAAGUUGAAUUGGGGGAUUCCUGGUGCUAUGAGUUCAAUGAUCAUAUCAAGUUGGUUGGUGGUAAUUGGUGAGUUCAUUUACAUAUUUGGUGGUUGGUGUCCUAACACAUGGAAAGGAUUGACUUUUGCUUGUUUUCUUGAUCUAUUUCCUUUUAUAAAGCUCUCAAUAUCCUCAGGAUUUAUGCUUUGCUUAGAGUUAUGGUACUAUGCUGUUCUAGUCCUAAUGGCAGGGUAUAUGAAAAAUGCUGCAAUUGCUAUAGAUGCCUUCUCCAUUUGCCAGAAUAUCAUAACAUGGCAACUAAUGAUGUUCAUCGGCUUCCUCGUUGCAGCUAGCGUGCGUGUUUCAAAUGAACUAGGGAGAGGAAAUGCCAAAGCUGCAAAAUUUUCCAUUAAAGUUAUCAUAUGUACUUCACUUUGUAUUGGAGUGUUCUUAUGGGCUAUGUGCUUGAUAUUUGGCCAACAAAUUGGUUACUUGUUCACAAGUGAUGAGGAUGUAGCGAAAUCUGUGGCAGACCUCUCUGUCUUACUUUCAUUGUCGGUUUUGCUCAACAGUGUUCAGCCAAUCCUCUCAGGGGUAGCAAUUGGUGCUGGCAGACAAAGUAUGGUUGCAUAUGUCAACAUCUGUUCCUAUUAUGUGGUUGGGGUGCCUUUAGGAAUUAUUCUUGCAUAUGUUGCCAAAAUGGAUGUGAAGGGCAUAUGGAUUGGGAUGAUAAUAGGUGUUGCAACUCAAACAAUUGUUCUAGGCUACAUUACCUCAACGACUGAUUGGGAAGAGCAGGUUAAUAAAGCAUCAGAGAGGCUCAACAAGUGGUCCUCCAGGCCUUCAGAGACAACUGAUGAAAAUCUUAUUGAAGAAAGAGUGAAUGAAUGAAUGAUUCAACAAGCAUUGUUUCAUUUUUUAUUUAGAUUUUGCUGAUUUUUUGGUGAAAUUAAACCAUGGUUUUCUUUAAUGCUGACUAAUUAGAACAAUUAUUCCUAUUGAAUAAAUUGGAACCCAAGUCUGAAAAA